AUUAUAAUGCAAAUCCCAUCCUAAAGUUAGAAUAACGUUCAGUAAUGUGGGGAUUGGGGCUCAAAAGUGUUUUAAGAGUUACCUAUCAGUGCUGAUUUGAUUUUCCAGUCAAACUUGCUGUCUGCACAUUUACUUUUCAUAUUCUAAAAGGCUUGCGUGAAAAGAAUUGCCAUGGCCGCAUAUUAAUAUUCAAUGAACAGUAGGUGGACAGUCCGGCCGGCCCCAACUAAUCGAUAACCAAUAAAUAACUAAAACAACUAAUCAAUUACACAGCGAAAUCACUAGAGCGCGCAUGCGUCCCACCUCAGACCAGAGGCACCACCUGGCCUCUCGUGACGUACAUAAAAGCAAAUCUGCUUUGCCCACUGCGCGAGACAAGAAGAUUAUCAGUACAGGCGCUCAGGUAGAGGGGAGCACAAGAGAAAACCUGAAGCGAGGGUAAGCUCACUUUUUUCUGGAUGAAGUGCGCUGAAAGUGCCGUAGAAGACGCCCACUGUGCGCUUCCUUCUUGCGGGCUUCGAAGGUGAGAACCGGUCUCCCGUGUCGGGAGCCGCAUUCUUGGGACCAAACCCUUUCCACUUUAAGAAGAAGACUCGCCUGAGAAAAAAAGUCAUGGACAAAAGAAGAAAAAUAAAAAGGAAGGCAGCGGCUGUGGGGAAAUAGAAACGCAGAAAUAGAAGAAGGGAAGAAGUGUUGGCAGAGGAAAGACGAGCAGGAUGGGGAUGGAUUUCAGUACUCUUCGGACUCUCAUCAGCCGAUAUUGUGCUGGGGAAGAGAACUGUGUGGACACCAGGACAGUUUAUAUUGGACAUAAGGAGCCUCCUCCAGGAGCUGAGGCGUUCAUUCAGCAGAGGUUUCCAGAUAACAGAAUAGUUUCCUCCAAGUACACUUUUUGGAACUUCAUCCCCAAGAACAUGUUUGAGCAGUUCAGGAGAGUGGCCAACUUCUACUUUCUCAUCAUCUUUCUGGUUCAGCUAAUCAUCGACACUCCCACAAGUCCAGUCACCAGCGGGCUGCCGCUCUUCUUUGUCAUCAUUGUGACCGCCAUUAAACAGGGCUAUGAGGACUGGUUGAGACAUAAAGCAGACAAAGCUGUCAACCAGUGUCUGGUCCAGGUGGUGCAGCACGGGAAACUGAGCCGCAAACACAGUCGCAAGCUUACGGUCGGAGACGUGGUGUACGUGAAGGAAGACGAGUCCUUUCCAUGCGAUCUCAUUCUUCUUUCCUCGUCUCGAGAUGACGGGACGUGUUACGUUACAACGGCCAGCCUGGAUGGGGAAAGCAGCCACAAGACGUACCACGCAGUUCAAGACACCAAAGCUUAUAAAACAGAGGAAGAGGUCAACUGCAUCCACGCCACCAUAGACUGUGAACAGCCGCAGCCAGACCUGUACAAAUUUAGGGGCAAUAUCAACAUUUACAUGGGAAAUGAGCCUGUGUCCAGAUCUUUGGCGUCUCAAAACUUGCUGCUUCGUGGAGCGACGCUUAAAAACACUGAAUACAUCUACGGUGUCGCUAUCUACACCGGCAUGGAAACCAAGAUGGCUCUCAACUACCAGUCCAAAUCUCAGAAGCGAUCGGCGGUGGAGAAGUCAAUGAACUCCUAUCUGGUGGUCUACCUGUGCAUCCUCAUCAGCAAAGCCGUCAUCAACACGGCGCUGAAGUACGUGUGGCAGGCCGACCCCAACAGAGACGAGCCGUGGUACAACGGGAAGACGGAGAGCGAGAGGCAAAGACACGUUCUGAUCAGGGCGUUCACGGACUUCUUAGCCUUUAUGGUGCUGUUCAACUACAUCAUCCCUGUCUCCAUGUACGUCACCGUGGAGAUGCAGAAGUUCCUGGGCUCCUAUUUCAUCAUGUGGGACGAUGAGAUGUUUGACGAGGAGCUGGGCGAGCGAGCCGUGGUCAACACGUCGGACCUGAACGAGGAGCUGGGUCAGGUGGAGUACGUCUUCACGGACAAGACGGGGACUCUGACCGAGAACAACAUGGAGUUCAUAGAGUGCUGUGUGGACGGAAACGUUUACGUACCUCAUAUCAUCUGUAAUGGACAGGUGAUGCCUGGUGCUGCUGGUAUUGAUAUGAUCGACACAUCGCCAGGGCCUGAAGCCAGAGAGCAUGAGGAGCUGUUUUUCCGCGCCUUGUGUUUGUGCCACACGGUGCAGGUGAAGGAAGAGGAGACGGUGGAUGGGAUCAAACAUGGCAUCCACCAGGGCAAGUCCUCCUCCUUCUACAUCUCCUCUUCGCCAGACGAGGUGGCGCUGGUGGAGGGCAUGAAGAGGCUGGGGUUCACCUAUCUGCGGCUGAAGGAAGGUCAGAUGGAGAUCUUAAACAGGGAAGAUGAGAUAGAGAGGUUUGAGCUGUUAGAAGUUUUGACUUUUGACUCUGUGAGACGGAGGAUGAGCGUCAUCGUCAGGUCCAGCACGGGUGAGCUGUACCUGUUCUGCAAAGGAGCCGAUUCCUCCAUCUUCCCCAGAGUCGUCUCAGGAAAGGUGGAGCAGAUCAAAGCACGGGUGGAGCGAAACGCAGUGGAAGGCCUGAGGACUCUCUGCGUCGCUUACCGGCGGUUGAGUCCGGAGCAGUACGAGCAGGUUUGCCACCUCCUGACCAGAGCCAAGUUGGAAUUUCAGGACCAGGACAAGCUGGUGGCCGAGGCAUACGACCUCAUCGAGAGAGAUCUCAUCCUGCUGGGAGCCACUGCUGUAGAGGACAGGCUACAGGAGAAAGCUGCAGAUACCAUAGAGUCUCUCCACAAGGCGGGCAUGAAGGUGUGGGUGCUGACCGGAGACAAGAUGGAGACUGCGGCUGCUACAUGCUACGCUAGCAAGUUGUUUCGCCGCAGCACCCAGAUCCUGGAGCUCACCACCAAGCGGAUGGAGGAGCAGAGCCUGCAUGACAUCCUGUUUGAGCUGAGCAGGACGGUGCUGCGGCAUUACGGAAGCAUGCCGCGCGACGCCUCCUCUGGUUUAUCCAGCGAGUACAUCGACUACGGCCUGAUAAUCGAUGGUGCCACUCUCUCCGCCGUGAUGAAGCCCAGCCAGGAAGACUCCAACUCAGGGAAUUACAAAGAGAUAUUCCUGGAAAUCUGCCGCAACUGCAGUGCGGUGCUCUGCUGUCGAAUGGCUCCUCUUCAGAAAGCACAGAUCGUCAAGAUGAUCAAAUCGUCCAAAGAGCACCCAAUCACCCUCGCCAUUGGAGAUGGGGCAAAUGAUGUUAGCAUGAUCCUGGAGGCCCAUGUCGGCAUCGGCAUUAUGGGUAAAGAGGGUCGCCAGGCAGUAAGAAACAGUGACUACGCUAUCCCAAAGUUUAAACACCUCAAAAAGAUGCUGCUUGUUCAUGGACACUAUUACUACAUACGCAUCUCUGAACUCGUGCAAUACUUCUUCUACAAGGAGAAAGCUGCAGAUACCAUAGAGUCUCUCCACAAGGCGGGCAUGAAGGUGUGGGUGCUGACCGGAGACAAGAUGGAGACUGCGGCUGCUACAUGCUACGCUAGCAAGUUGUUUCGCCGCAGCACCCAGAUCCUGGAGCUCACCACCAAGCGGAUGGAGGAGCAGAGCCUGCAUGACAUCCUGUUUGAGCUGAGCAGGAGUGCUGCGCAUUCACGGAAGCAUGCAGCGCACACGCCUCCUCUGGUUUAUCCAGCGAGUACAUCGACUCUGAUAAUCGAUGGUGCCACUCUCUCCGCCGUGAUGAAGCCCAGCCAGGAAGACUCCAACUCAAAUGAUAUCUAUUUGAGUUUUCUUCCUCAGCUACAAAGUUUGCUGUUCUUCCUACCUCUUUAUUUUUCUUCUUAUACUCUUACCUUUGUGUUGCUUUUUCUUUUUGCUUGUCUUUCUGCCUCCCAGCUAAUGACAACCAACACACAGAUGAUGUUUGGAAACUGGACGUUUGGGACUCUGGUCUUCACUGUGCUCGUUUUCACUGUUACAUUCAAGUUGGUUCUUGAUACUCAUUACUGGACGUGGAUCAACCAUUUUGUCAUCUGGGGCUCGCUUGUCUUCUUUGUAGUCUUCUCUCUGCUGUGGGGAGGAAUUAUUUGGCCUUUCCUGAACUACCAGCGGAUGUACUAUGUGUUCAUGCAGAUGCUGUCCAGUGGUCCGGCCUGGCUCAGCAUCAUCCUGCUGAUCACGGCCAGUCUGCUGCCAGACGUGGUGAAGAAGGUGUUCUGGAGGGCGCUGUGGCCCACCAACACUGAACGCAUACAGAGCGCUGAUAAGCUCUACAAGGGCCAGCUGUCAGAGUUCACGCCCUUGGCGGCUCUCCACCCUCCACCCAGGGCCGGCGACCACCAGCGAGGCUCUGGAACCCAAAGGAACCCUCGAAGGUCUGAGACCCCAAACAAGAAAAUCAUGUUCACACGCUGGCAAAGAGCGCCAGACUAUUGCACAUUCACCCCCCUGCUCCGACUUACUGACGGCUCCCGUCACCCGAGGCCGGGGAACGCCUACAACGGGGCGGGGCCAGAGACCUCAGUCUAAUUUAUUUUGUUUUUUGGGGGGUGUUUUGUUUUCUACUUUAUCAAAUAAAAAGGAGCUGAACUGAACAAAAAAGGGUUUGGCUUUAACCUCCCAGAGCCUCUGAGCUGGAGUCGGACAUGUUGGCUCGUUGGGGCUCGGUGGAUUCAAGUCGCAACCCUCAAAACAAAGAGACUCGAGAACUGUGAUUUCAUUCUAAAAUAUGUGCACUGGCCCUUUAAUAGUAUCUGCCUUCAUUGGCAGCUAAAGUGUACUUCAUCUGUUAUUUCUUUGAACUGUUUUUAAGUAUUUGACUGGGAUUAUUAUUAUUCUAAUAAUGACUCAUCUCAUUCUGUCGUCUUCAGCUGCUUCAUCUCUUCCUCUCUCCUCUCUGCCCCGACCUGCCUCUCUCUAGGAAUAACUGCUGUUGGCUGUGUGCAAACAUGUUGUCCAGAAACUCUCCGUAGGGCUCUGCGCGCAGAUCCUACUGCAUUGUAAGGAGGCGUGUAGCAGAGAAGGAAAGCCUGAAUGCCCGGAGAAUCAGUCGGUUCUUGUUUGGAAAAGUCUCUGACGCACAAACAAAAGAAAACCAAAGACCGACUUCAACUCCACUUUCAAGCUUUCCUGCUACCUGUAGGUAGCGUUGUCUGGUGUCUGGGAUAGAUGUGGGCGUUGUAAAGCUAGAAGGUUUUAUGUUCAGAGCUUCAGGUUGUAUAAAUGCUCCUUAUUUAGCUGUUAGAGAUUAGAGGUGCACCAAUCCCAUUCAGAUUUCUGGUUUUUAUUGAGAUCUGACCUGCAGAUUCCAGAGUUUUCAUUUUAAAUAAAAUGAUUACAAGAUUAUACCCAUUUUAAUAGAUCAAAAUACACCUUUUUGGCCUUUUUAUUAUUUAUUUAAACUAAAAAAAAAGAAGUGAAUUGAGGUACAAGAUUUUGCUUAAUUUUUGUUUAUAGUGAACAGUAGCUGAUUCAGAAUGAUUGUUGCAUCUCUAGUAGAAAUGGUUCAGUGUUGCCUUAUUUGUUUGCUUAUUAAAGCACCUAAGAAUAAUUCCCAAAUCUUCUCCUAAUGACAAAGAAAGUCAAACUGCCCCAAAGUCUUAAUGCCUUCACUAAAGACUGCCUUCUGAGGUAGAUACCUCAACAGAUCGCCAAAAAAGUUUGAUCACAUCUUCAGUAAUAAUAAAGCAAACCUAAUGUCAAUCUCAUAAUGCCUUGCUGGUUUAAAAAUAUUUAUUAUAUAUUUAAGCCACCAAAAGAUUAUUCAAAAUAAAGAACAUUUAUCAUUCCCACCAUAUGAAAACUUUGACCAUGACUAAAAACUCCAUUUACAACAAAAAAAUGUAAAACAAAAUGUCAAAUAUAUCGACUACGACACAUAGACUCAACCAAAACAUGUUAAGAACCUUUUAAUUUUAGUAGUUUUCAGUUACUUGUUGCACAAAAGAUACACUUUUUUAUUAGGUGUAAGUUGGAGUACUUUUGGGAGUGCAAGUUGAUUUUUAAAUGGCUGAUUAUUCUAGCUUUCUUCUCAGGUAGCCAGCCUGCAGUCUGCUGCUGAACAGACAUGUUGCUGCCAGCUUGUCAGAUCACCAAAAUUCCCCUCAUAGAGGAUCUUUGUAGCAGAGUGCUCACUACGUCGCCUCACACCCAUCUGAGUUAUUAACUCAGUCAAGGUCAUUUUUGGUUUAGAAAAUGGCCUUCUAGAUGGUGCCAUUACAGAUGUGAGGUCAUAUUCCAUAUUUGGACAUGCUUCCUGUUCUCAAAAGGCUUUUUCUUUUGUUAGAAUAGAGGAUAUUAAAAUUACUUUUCUGCUUUGGAAACUAAUAAAAUGACUGUUUAGCAUUUUUAAAAAUGAUUAUUAGGUGUUUUUGCUCUUAAUAUGAUUUGAGUUUAUUACUAAUUCCAGUAAAAAAAAAAAAUACAAAAAUGUCCACACAAACCUAAUAAAACAGAGGAUAAAGUUAAAAGUGAAACAAAUCCCCAACUCCCAAAUAGUGAGAUUAAACUCUACUGUAGUUAUUAUUAUUUUUUUUUCCCAAAAGCCACAAAAUAAUGUUACAAUUCUCCUCUCUCUUUGUAGCUGUGUCUCUCAUUUUCUCUUCUGAAAUGCUGUGGAAGUUUCCCCACCUCUGCUACAGCCUCUUCCAUCUGUCUUAUCGUCGUCAUCAUCACCAUCCACUGUCUCCUCCUGCUCCUCCUUUGCCACAUUCCUCCGUUGAUUCAUCUCUCCAUCCAUCAUGAGACGGAGCAGAGAUGCUGUUUUGAUGACUUGAUUAGGACCUCGACGAACCAAAGCCUUGUUGCUGCUACAGUAGAGAUACUUUUAGCUGCUUUACGUUAGGUGCCUUGUGCUAGUUUAUGAAAUAAAUGAUUGUUUAAAUGCUUUACGGUGCAUUAAUACGUGUUGGUGGAGCAUUUGGAUGGUACAAAGCAUGGCUGCAUAGAUGCAAACAUGGAGAAAUAAGUUUAAAAGCGAGUUUAAGUUAACUCAGUCGGUGACCAAAUUAGAUACGACUUCCACCAAAACAUUACGACUGCUUAGUGUCUGUUUCUGUAUUAUUUCUAUCCCUGUCUCUGAGACGUUUGUAUUACUUUUAGUUCUGUAAAGAACAUUUUUGUGAAA